AUGUACGGCUGGAUUCAAGAAACGAUUGAAGCUCUCGUCUUGGAGAAGUUUGGGAGCGAAGUCUGGGAGAAGGUGAAGCUGGAGGCCGGCUUGGCUUCCAUCCCGACCGGGGGCUUCGCAAGGAAUGAGUACUACGAUGACGCCAUCACCAUGAAUCUUGUCAAGGCCCUCUGCAAGGUGAGGAAGCUGGAGAUGGAGAGUGCCCUCAUCCUUUUUGGGGAGUUCUUCAUCUCCUGGCUGAUGGAGCAUGGAUACGGGAGCAUGCUCCGGAAUCAAGGGUCGAACAUGUUUGAGUUUUUGACCACGGUGGACGAUUUGCACAAGGGCCUCCAAAAGGGAUUGCCCGAGCUCGUGCCCCCCCGAAUGAUCUGCACGAAGGGUGGCGAUGCGACGCUGCGCGUCGAGUACAUCUCAUGCCGGAGCGGUCUGGCACCAAUGGUUAUCGGCAUGGUCAGGCAAGUUGGUCGGCAGUUGUUCCAGAGCGACUACAGCUGCACGAUGGAGGCUCAGAAGCAGUCUCGGGGCGAAAAUGGCGAGGCAUUGGAACACACCUUCUUGAAGAUCGCCUGCGUCAGCGGCCGGGCACUGGACCAGGCACUCAUCCAAGCAUCCGACCUCGAGGAGCCCGACUCCUUCGACGUGGACUCGGAAUGCUCCCUUAAGAGCUCGGCAAGGGAGAGUCAGGAUUACGACUUCCUCCAGCAGAACCCCACCAUGGCGGGUGCCUUUGCUCACAUCCUGGUGGAGCGCGUGAAGCUCUUAGACUGCCCGCUGAAGUCCCAGCACUUUGGGCACAACUUCGAGUUUGCGCAGCUGAUGUCGCUCAUGGCGUCCUACACCCCAGAAGCCGCUGUGGCGCUCUCAGGGCUCUUCCGCCAGCCGCUGAGAGACCCGACGAAGUCCACGCCCGUGCCGCGACACGCGUGCAUCUCCGGACCCGGUGGAAGGGAUGGGCUGUUCACGAAGAGCUACGACACCAUUGUCAUGAACCCGGGGAUCUUUUCUGGGCAUGACCCUUUGUUGCGCUUGACGGCUGGAAAGGGCUGCAGGCAAGUGCCUGUCGAGCUCCGUGUGUGCGUCAUUCCGGAUCCUUUGCGGAGCGGACUGAUGCUGAAGUCUCUGGCCACCACUCCAAAUGAUGCUGUUCUGGCCACCCUGGCGGCACAGGCGUUGCUUGACGCUGCGUGGGCCCUAACAAGAAGCCGCAAGAUUUUCGACAUCGCUUGCGAGUCCAUCAUCCUUCUCUUCACCUGUGGUUGGAUCUUCUUCCGGGAGCACCGGGGCUUCUGGCCAUGUUUGGUGUUCUGCCUAAUGAAGGAGCUGGUGGAGAAAGGCAUGGAGACUGUGCGCUCUUGGAAGAAUGGCUGGUCGGUGCCGCUUGUCUUAGUGGCUGGAACAGCACUGAACAUUACGCUUUACGUGCUCCUGGUCUACCAAGCAAUUCUUAGCGAAGAGUACCCAAGUGAUCGAAUGGGGCAGAUAGCCAUCGCAGUUUUCGGCUGCACACGCUGGUGGUCCCUGCUUGCACACCUCCGGGGCUUCAAGGCAAUUGGCUCUAAGAUUUUGCCAAUCCUGUAUGCUUUGGGAAGCAUGGGCCCUUUUCUGCUUGUCUUCGGGAUUAUCAUGCUUGGCUUCCUCUCGUCCUUCUGCGCCCUUUCAGACGAAGCCCUGACCAUGACACGUGUUCGUGGUAUCUAUUUCUUGGCUAUGCUUGGUGAAGAGGGCGACACUGUACUUGAUGGUGAAAGGGAGGAGUGGUGGUUGGACAGUUGGGUCUUCCUCUUUGUCGUUGUGAUGUGCUUGGUGCUUCUCAACAUCUUGAUCGGCAUUCUAGGCGAGGCCUACGACAUGUAUCGGGACAGCUCCGAGGUAAUCUUCAGUCGGGAGCGAGCGCGCGUGACUCUCAGCAUCACCAUGCGCCUCUUGCCCAUGACAUGGCCAGAGCACCGUGUGGGAAUUUGUGGCAAACUGCAGCGACUCCUCCUGUCUGUGUUCACAGAAAACACAUGCGGACGCCAUAAGAAGUACUUGUGGGCCGUUGUACCGCAAGAUCGCAGCUUGAAUGUUGCGCGGAUCACGUCCAUGAAGGAACAUGUGUCUCAUGAAAGCGAGCGUGCCGUCAAAGCCCUCACGGCCAUUCAUCAGCGCUUGGAGCAGUUGGAGCUAGAUUGGCAAUAUCUGAAGCAUUCACCGGUCAAGUGCCCCUUUUCUGGUGCACCUCUUGCGUCUGGAUGCCAGCCUCCGGAUGUCCACAAGCGCCCGGAUGCGCCUGGCAGAUAG